UUUAAAUUUUAUACCCAUCCCUGACUGGAAAUGAUUUAUUAAUAAUAAUAGACAAACAAAACCUUGGAAAAUAAUUAAAUAUUUCUCUUCUUCUUUCUGUUUUUAAAUUUUCUUAUUUAUUUCGAAAAUGGCAACCCUUCGACCUUUUACUUGCGAUGAUUUAUUUCGAUUUAACAAUGUAAAUUUGGAUCCUCUAACAGAAACUUAUGGUCUGUCAUUUUAUAUGCAAUAUUUAGCACACUGGCCUGAAUAUUUUCAAGUUGCUGAAUCUCCAAGUGGCGAAAUAAUGGGAUACAUUAUGGGAAAAGCAGAAGGACAUGGAGAAGAUUGGCAUGGACAUGUAACUGCACUUACAGUUUCACCGGAUCACAGAAGAUUAGGUUUGGCAGCAUCUUUAAUGAAAUUCUUGGAGGAUUUAUCCGAAAAAAAAUCUGCCUACUUUGUCGAUCUUUUUGUACGUGUGAGUAACACAGUUGCAAUAAAAAUGUACCAACAAUUGGGUUAUAUAAAUUAUAGAACAGUUUUAGAAUAUUAUAGCGGAGAUCCUGGAGAAGAUGCUUUUGAUAUGAGAAAAGCAUUGUCAAAAGAUACGAAGAAAAUGUCUGUGAUACCUUUAAGUCAUCCUGUGAGACCGGAAGACGUUGACUGAAUAUUAAAAUUUAAAAAAAAAAACUAUUGCAAAUACAAAUUGUAAAAUGAUAAGUAUAAUAUACACUUAUACUCAUUAAAA